AUGGCCUCCAAAUUGUCCUUCCUCGACGCAGUCGCCCACCGCCGCACCAUCUACGGCCUCAACAAGUCCUCCACGGUCCCUGAUGCCCGCAUCAAGGAGAUCGUCACCCAGACGAUCAAGGAUGUUCCCUCCUCUUUCAAUUCUCAGUCCGCCCGCAUUGUCGUGCUCGUGAAAGAAGACCACGACAAGUUCUGGCAAUUUGUCACCGAUAUUCUCAAGGCACAUGUCCCUGAAGCGAAAUGGGAACAUACCAAGCAGAGGAUGGACAUGUUCGCUGCUGCAUACGGAACUGUAAGCAACCUCCAGCCGUGGAUCAUUCAAAUGAGCAGGUGCAUGUUGCUAAUGCCGUGCACUGCAGAUCCUCUUCUACGAAGACCCAGAGCCCAUUAAAGCCCUCCAAUCCAAAUUUCCACAGUACGCCGAUAAGUUCCCCCAAUGGAGCGAGCACACUUCCGCAAUGCACCAGUAUGUGCUUUGGACCGCUCUUGAAGCCGAAGGGCUAGGAUGCAACCUGCAGCACUACAACCCCCUGGCCGACCAGAAGGUCUCCGAGCAUUUCGGCGUGCCAUUGGAGUGGAGCCAGAAGGCCCAGCUGGUCUUCGGAGAGCCGGCUGAUGCGAAGAGGGAGAACUUGCAGGAGAGGACAUUCCAGCCUGUUGAGGAGAGAGUCAAGUUCUUUGGACUCUGA